AUGCUACACAUCGUCGAACAGACGUUGCUCGCAAUCAUGAUCAAGCUGAAACAGUUGGAAGAUUUGCCAUCGAUGGAUUUCACGGUGUACGACUAUCCGCGCGAGAUCUGGCGCCUGAAGCCGGGCUGGGAGGUGGCACUGAAGACGGUCACCUUCCUGCCGGUGAUCCUGUUCGGCGUGCUGGGCAACGCAAUCCUCUGCUAUAUCAUUGUCGAGAUACGCGCACUGCGGACACCCACGAACCUGCUGAUCGCAAACCUGGCCGUAGCCGAUCUGGCCACGCUGCUCGUCUGCCCGCUGAUGUUCAUGUUCCACGACUUCUACCAGAACUACGUGCUCGGUGCGAUCGGUUGCAACACUGAGGGUUUCCUGGAGGGCUCACUGCUCAUCACCUCCGUCCUGUGCCUGUGCGCCAUCAGCUACGACCGGCUAACGGCGAUCGUGUUCCCCAAGCGCUCCCGGCUGACCAAACGAGGCACCAUCGUGCUGAUCGUCGUGUCCUGGGCGUGCGGGUUCCUGCUCGCCCUGCCCCUCAGCAUGUACCGGGCGUACCGGGAGCGCCAGUGGAAGAACUACCUGGAGACGUACUGCGCCGAGAACACCACCUUCCUGCCGAGCUACUGGCACGUGCUGAUCGGAGCCCUCGUCUGGUUUCCCCUGCUGGUGAUGGUCUGCUGCUACAGCUUGAUCUUCCUGAAGCUGGAUCGCUACGAGCGGCGCGUUCUGCGCAAAGAGCACCCGAUCUCGGUGUCCUACAAGCGCAAGGUGGCCAAGACGCUGUUCAUCGUGCUGAUCGUGUUUGUCCUGCUGCGGAUUCCCUUCACAACGCUCGUCUUCAUACGCUACAAUCGCUUCCUCAACGACAAUGUCAAUCAGAUUGGAAGUGACUUCGAAAUCCUCUGGUAUGUCUCACACUACCUGAUGUUCCUGAACGCCGCCCUUAAUCCGCUCAUUUACGGUCUCACGAACGAGAACUUCCGCAAGGCAUUCCGCAAAAUUCGUCUCGCCCGGUUCUUCUUCAUUCCGGCGCUAUCGGGAAGGGGUGCCGGGGGGAAAAAGUUGCCCCGCGACGCCAACCAUCCCCGAGGGGCUAUCGUACCGAUCAUGACGAUCGGGAAGCUGCAGCCGAGGGCACCGUGUGGUAUGAACGAGAAGCUGGCCAACCUUUCCGGCUGGCUGGUGUGUCCGGUGCAGCCGGACAACCAACCGACCACGCCAUCGAAGGACACGAAGAUAUCGCAGCUGAAGUUCACCACCGAUGGAGGUUCCUCCACGUUGGCGGCGAAGGUCGUGCUCGGGCCCGACACGGACAGGUCGGCCACUGCCGGUAGUACCGUGGCCGUUUCGGAUGGGUUCAUAUGA